CCAUUUGUGGCGAUCCGUACGUACUCCGGCCGGAGGACCCCUCUCUAGUCUCGAAAGGGAAAAGAAGCGAAUUCCAAGCCUCACGUUCGCUUUCCUCACUCGCAUCGCACCUAACCAAUCAAAUUUAUCUUUUUCACUCUUGAAUGAUUAUUCAUACUCCUCCCUAAUUCUCGCAUGGCCGAUUACUGUUCUCGGCUUCAUCCAACGGCAGCCUCUUAUAGAUUUAAGAUCUCCACCCCCUCUUCAAAGCGCUAACUCGGACCGGUUCGACUCGCAUCCCCCUCCUCCGCCCGUCUUGGCCAUGCCACUCUUGUUUUCUGCGAUCCACCGCCUCUACAUAGAGGACUCCUGUGUCUCCGUGCGUCGAACUCAAUCCUCCGCGAAUUCUCGAGAUUCUCGUCAGGGAUUCCACGAUGUCUGCCAAUCAUCAUGGCCCUAGUCCCAGGGGUGUCCUCUGCAACGCCGGCGCCGGCGCCGCUGCCGGGGUCAUUGCUGCAACGUUCGUGUGUCCGUUAGAUGUGAUAAAGACUAGGUUUCAGGUUCAUGGGCUGCCUCAGCUCGCCAAUACCACUGCUAAAGGUAGUCUUAUUGUCGGUAGUUUGGAACAAAUAUUUCACAAGGAGGGGUUGCGAGGUAUGUACCGUGGGCUCUCUCCCACUGUGCUGGCUUUACUUCCUAACUGGGCGGUUUAUUUUACGAUUUAUGAUCAGCUGAAAAGCUUCCUUUCUUCUGAUGAUGAGAGUCAUCAUCUUUCAAUUGGUGCUAACGUGGUAGCUGCUUCUGGCGCUGGAGCUGCAACAACCUUUGCUACAAAUCCUCUUUGGGUUGUGAAGACAAGACUUCAAACUCAAGGAAUGAGACCUGGUGUGGUACUGUAUAGGAGUACGCUGUCUGCUUUGAGGAGAAUAGCUCACGAGGAAGGCAUUCGUGGUUUGUAUAGUGGUCUUGUGCCUGCUUUGGCUGGUGUCAGUCAUGUUGCAAUACAAUUUCCAACAUAUGAGACAAUAAAGUUGUACUUGGCCAAUCGAGCUAAUACUACUAUGGAUAAACUAAGUGCGCGUGAUGUUGCUGUUGCCUCAUCAGUCUCCAAAAUAUUUGCUUCCACAUUGACAUAUCCACACGAGGUGGUACGCUCAAGGCUUCAAGAGCAGGGCCACCACUCGGAGAAGCGGUACUCUGGUGUAACUGAUUGCAUUAAGAAAGUAUUUCAACAAGAAGGCCUCCCUGGUUUUUACCGUGGGUGCGCUACCAACCUGCUGAGAACGACCCCGGCUGCUGUAAUCACAUUUACCAGCUUUGAGAUGAUUCACCGUUUUCUUGUCAAUCUUUUCCCUCCUGAUGCACAACCUCACACAUUGUAAAGAUGAAUCAAACCGAAUCAAGGAUUUAAAGAAGAAACUUGCAUUACUCCAAGCACCUCCCAACAGCCAUCAAUGCAGUUGUUGAUUUAUUUGUGUAUCUUAAUUGAUUUUGGUAGUUUUGAGCCACAUUUAAGUUCUCGUUACCUAUUCAAACUUAGAGAUGAUUCUGCUUAUACAGACAGUGAUUAUGAUGAAAAAUGUUACAAUGUAGUUCAAUCAAUACAAUAAUUUCCUGGGCACUGCUGAAUAAUAAGGAAGUGACCAUGUA